UAGAGACUAACCAUUAUAACCAUGAAGUUACAGUGAGGAGCUGUGUUGAGGGGAGAACGGCAACAUUUCUGAAUCAGCAUACAAGUGAUCUAUAAGGAGCAAUCAAUUUUAUAUAUGUACAUUUCCAAAGCUCAUUCAAAGAAGGUUAAGAUAUCUGAAGUAUCCGCCUAUUAAAAUUCAGACUGUCUUUGUUAGAACAAUUUCCAAUUGAGCAAUGCAAAAAUGCGUCUGCUACAAUUUCUCUUCUUCCCUCCUUUAAUCCCUACUCCCCAAUUUCCUUUAGGAAGAAACAACAGCAUGGAGUUUCUUUUCAAGGACUUAAAAUAAAAAACUCCAAAAAAGGGAUGCUGCUUAUAAAACCUCUCAGAGUUGUUUGAAAAAGAAAAAAAAAAAUGCAUAAAGAGCCAAGUGCUUAUACUCUGGCCAAGUUAUGAGGCUCUGAGAACAAGAGCUUGAGGGGAAAACUUAACCCCAUCCACGCCUCCAGAAUUAGCUCUUUCCCUUUUGGUUUGCAUGUACUGCCUGUAAAGCCUUUGCAGUGAGAGGCCAGCCUGCUAGGGAAAUCCAGAAAUCUGCAACAAAAACGAUGACAGUCUGAAAUACUCUCUGGUGCCAACCUCCAAAUUCUCGUCUGUCACUUCAGACCCCCACUAGUUGACAGAGCAGCAGAAUUUCAACUCCAGUAGACUUGAAUGUGCCUCUGGGCAAAGAAGCAGAGCUAACGAGGAAAGGGAUUUAAAGAGUUUUUCUUGGGUAUUUGUCAAACUUUUAUUCCCUGUCUGUGGGCAGGGGGGAUUCAACUUCAGUUUUCUGCAGCGGCUCUCGGUCCAGCCCCUUACUUAAAGUGAUGAAAGCAGCUCUCAGUGGACAGGGAAGCUGGAAAGGGAACAGAAAGGGAAGAUCCCUCUCCUCUGAAUCAAGUCACCUCUCUUCUAUGUCCAGAUCUGGAAAGCAUGAAGACUGGGCUUUUUUUCCUGUGUAUCUUGGGAACUGCAGCUGCAAUCCCGACAAAUGCAAGAUUAUUAUCUGAUCAUGCCAAACCAACUGCUGAAACGGUAGCACCCGACAACACUGCAAUCCCCAAUUUAAGGGCUGAAGAUGCAGAAAAUGAAAAAGAAACAGCAGUAUCCCCAGAAGACCAUUCCCACCGUAAGGCUGAAAAAUCAUCAGUACUAAAGUCAAAAGAGGAAAGCCAUGAACAGUCAGCAGAACAGGGCAAGAGUUCUAGCCAAGAGCUGGGACUGAAGGACCAAGAGGACAGAGAUGGUGACUUCAGCGUGAAUUUGGAGUAUGCACCAACUGAAGGUAUAUUGGACAUAAAAGAAGAUAUGAGUGAGCCUCAGGAGAAAAAACCCUCAGAGAACACUGACUUUUUGGCUCCUGGUGUUAGUUCCUUCAUAGAUUCUAACCAACAAGAAAGUAUCACAAAGAGAGAGGAAAACCAAGAACAACCUAGAAAUUAUUCACAUCAUCAGUUGAACAAGAGCAGUAAACAUAGCCAAGACCUAAAGGAUCAAGGAAACCAAGAGCAGGAUCCAAAUAUUUCCAAUGGAGAAGAGGAAGAAGAGAAAGAGCCAGGUGAAGUUGGUACCCACAAUGAUAACCAAGAAGGAAAGACAGAAUUGCCCAGGGAGGAUGCUAACAGCAAGCAGGAGGAAGACAAUACCCAAUCUGAUGACAUUUUGGAAGAGUCUGAUCAACCAACUCAAGUAAGCAAGAUGCAGGAGGAUGAAUUUGAGCAGGAUAACCAAGAACAAGAAGAUGAUAACUCCAAUGCAGAAACAGAAGAGGAAAAUGCAUCAAACAUCAAUAAGCACAUUCAAGAAACUGAAUGGCCGAGUCAAGAGGGUAAAACUGGCCUGGAAGCUAUCAGCAACCACAAAGAGAUAGAUGAAAAGACUGUUUCUGAGGCUUUGCUCAUGGAACCUACUGACGAUGGUACCACUAUGCCCAGAAAUCAUGGAGCUGAUGAUGAUGGCGGUGAUGAUGGCGAUGAUGGCCCCAGACACAGUGCAGGUGAUGACUACUUCAUCCCAAGCCAGGCCUUUCUGGAGGCCGAGAGAGCUCAAUCCAUUGCCUAUCACCUCAAAAUUGAGGAGCAAAGGGAAAAAGCACAUGAAAAUGAAAAUAUAGAUACCAGUGAGCCUGGAGAGCACCAAGAGGCCAAGAAAGCAGAGAACUCAUCAAAUGAUGAGGAAGCGUCAAGUGAAGGCAACAUGAGGGUGCAUGGUGUGGAUUCUUGCAUGAGUUUCCAGUGUAAAAGAGGCCACAUCUGUAAGGUAGACCAACAGGGAAAACCUCACUGUGUCUGCCAGGAUCCAGUGACUUGUCCUCCAACAAAACUCCUUGACCAAGUUUGCGGCACUGACAAUCAGACCUAUGCCAGUUCCUGUCAUCUAUUCGCUACUAAAUGCAGACUGGAGGGGACCAAAAAGGGGCAUCAACUCCAGCUGGAUUAUUUUGGAGCCUGCAAAUCUAUUCCUACUUGUACGGACUUUGAAGUGACUCAGUUUCCUCUACGGAUGAGAGACUGGCUCAAGAAUAUCCUCAUGCAGCUUUAUGAAGCCAACUCUGAACACGCUGGCUAUCUAAAUGAGAAGCAGAGAAAUAAAGUCAAGAAAAUUUACCUGGAUGAAAAGAGGCUCUUGGCUGGGGACCAUCCCAUUGACCUUCUCUUAAGGGACUUUAAGAAAAACUACCACAUGUAUGUGUAUCCUGUGCACUGGCAGUUUAGUGAACUUGAUCAACACCCUAUGGAUAGAGUCCUGACACAUUCCGAACUUGCUCCUCUGCGAGCAUCUCUGGUGCCCAUGGAACACUGCAUAACCCGUUUCUUUGAGGAGUGUGACCCCAACAAGGAUAAACAUAUCACCCUGAAGGAGUGGGGCCACUGCUUUGGAAUUAAAGAAGAAGACAUAGAUGAAAAUCUCUUGUUUUGAAUGAAGAUUUUAAAGAACUCAACUUUCCAGCAUCCUCCUCUGUUCUAACCACUUCAGAAAUAUAUGCAGCUGUAAUACUUGUAGAUUUAUAUUUAGCAAAAUGUUUGCAUGUGUGACAAGACAAUGAGAGUAAUUGCUUGAUAACAACCUAUGCGCCAGGUAUUUAACAUUAACUUUGGAAACAAAAAUGUAAAAUUAAGUAAAGUCAACAUAUGCAAAAUACUGUACAUUGUGAACAGAAGUUCAAUUCAUAGUAAUUUCACUCUCUGCAUCGACUUAUGAGAUAAUUAAUGAUAAAACUAUUAACGAUAAAAAUAAUGCAUUUGUAUUGUUCAUAAUAUCAUAUGCACUUCAAGAAAAUGGAAUGCUACUCUUUUGUGGUUUACGUGUAUUAUUUUCAAUAUCUUAAUGCCCUAAUAAACAGUCCAUAAAAAAUCCAAA